CUGCGUUUCUCUAAACACGUGAAGCCCCGGUGGUGGAAGCCAUGUCUAAAGCUAAGCAAAAACGGGCGAAACGUCUUGGCUUCUUGGUGAAGUCCAAGAACAAAGAUGGCUCCAAAGGUGGAGUAUCAGGUACAAGUUGGAACACAGAGAAGUCAUCUGUGCAGCAUCGAAAGAACCAGAGGAAACCUGAAGAAGUCAGGCAGCAAAGGCUUCAGGACCUCCAGGAAAAGCAGAAGUUAUCCCGGGAAGAGCAGUUGAUGAAGAGGAGGAACUUGCAAAGCUUUCAGAAUGACAUUCUGCAGCGACAGAGAGAGUUCGAGCACAGGGAGAUGGAACUGCAAAGUUUGGAGAAGCAUGUCAACUUUGAAAAUGAGAAUUCAAGAAAAGCGUACUAUAGAGAAUUUAAAAAGGUGGUUGAGGCUGCUGAUGUAAUUCUUGAAGUCCUGGACGCACGAGACCCACUUGGCUGCAGAUGUCCACAGGUGGAGCAGGCGGUCAUUCAAAGUGGGACCAACAAAAAGAUAGUUCUGGUGCUCAAUAAAAUUGAUUUAGUCUCAAAAGAAAUUGUGGAGAAGUGGAUCCGGUAUCUUCGUAAUGAGUUCCCCACUGUGGCAUUCAAGGCUUCUACUCAGCAACAGUCAAAAAACUUGAAACGCAGUAAUGUACCUGUGACUCAAGCCACCACAGAGCUUCUCAGCAGCAGUGCUUGUAUUGGAGCAGAUUGUUUGAUGAAACUCCUGGGUAACUACUGUCGAAACUUGGACAUUAAGACCGCCAUCACAGUUGGCGUUGUUGGUUUUCCUAACGUGGGCAAAAGCAGUUUGAUCAACAGUCUUAAACGUGCGAGAGCUUGCAGUGUUGGAGCCACUCCUGGUGUCACAAAGUGCCUUCAAGAAGUCCAUUUGGACAAGCACAUCAAACUUCUAGAUUGCCCUGGGAUUGUAAUGGCAACUUCAACAACUGAUGCAGCCAUGAUUCUCCGUAACUGUGUAAAAAUUGAGCAGCUUGUGGAUCCUCUGCCACCUGUUGAAGCCAUCCUUCGUCGUUGCAACAAGGCGCAGAUCAUGGAUCACUAUGGCGUGCCUGACUUUCAUACUGCUCCGGAGUUCUUGGCUCUGCUUGCUCGACGGCAAGGCAAAUUGAGAAAAGGAGGAUUGCCAGAUACUGACAAAGCAGCAAAGAGCGUGUUGAUGGACUGGACUGGUGGAAGGAUCAGCUACUUCACUCACCCUCCUGAGACUCACACUCUUCCCACCCAUGUCAGCGCCGAAAUUGUCACGGAGAUGGGUAAAGCUUUUGACUGGGACCAGCUUGAACUAGGAAAUCAGGAGGUUCUUGCAGGUACAGCAUGUGCUGAUGUUAAAAUGGGAAUCUGCAUUGAAACUACCGGAAUGACGCAAAGUGAAGCAGUUGAUUCCUCUUUAUACACCCAAAUGGGAGCGUCCAUGGAAAAUCAGCUGUCAAAAGAUGGAACUGAAUCCAUGGAUGACGACCAGGACCAUGAAUUUGGACCCAUGACUGUGGAGAUCAAAUCGCAGAGGGCCAAGUCGGACUCGUCCAACCAUGAGGCUCCGGCCAAAGCUCCAGAUUUGAAGGGAAUUUUGAAUGUCGAUCCACUUCAGCAGGGUCAAGCACUUCUGGCCGCCAGCAAGAAGAGGAAGAAACAGCAGAAAAGAGCUGAUAAAAUUGCCACCAAGCUCUCCGACUCCUUAACAUCUGCUAUGGACUUCUCUUUUGCUGAUUAAAAGAGUAUUUAAA